AUGGCGUCCCCAAUCCCGACGGCGUCCUCGCGUCCUCGUCCUCGACCUCGCGUCCUCGACCUCGACCUCGCGACCUCGACCUCGACCUCGACGGCGUCCUCGCGUCCUCGACCUCGACCUCGUCCUCGCGUCCUCGAUGCCGUGCAGGUGACCGGCAUACAGCGACGAGGUCGUGAUGACGAGGCUGCGCGGUUCGAGGACACGCAUAUGUUGCCGGCGGGCCUCCAGCGGGUGACGAAGAAGCUCGACAGUACCGCCGCCUACAUGACGGCGAGCAUCGACCACGCGCUCGACGAAAUCGCGCGCGCUGCUGCCUUCCCGCCGCCGUCGGGCUGGUCCCAGGUGCUUUCCCUCGCUGCAGCGAGCCCCAAGGCUGCCGCGCGCGCGUUCUUCCGGCCACAUGCGGACGGCCUCGCGAGUGUCCGGUCCGAGAUCGAGCGCGUCCGAAGAGGGAUUCCGCAGCUCUACUACGCGCUGCAUCUCGUCUGCGACCUUGGCGAGCAGGACCAGGAGGAACUCAGCGGACGGGCUUUUUGGGGCCUGCGCGAGUGGGAUGCCGUCGCGCGGCUGAAAAAGCUGGACGCGUACUGCGAGCUCGGGCAGAACCGGUCGAGGGCCGCGGAGUGGAUGCUGGCGGGGCUUGAGGAGGAGGCGGAGGACCGGCUUGGGGUCGACCUCGACCUUGCGUCGUCGUCCUCGACGGCCCCCUCGCGUCUUCGACGGCAUCCUCGACCUCGACGGCAUCCCCAAUCCCGACCGCGUCCUCUCGUCUUUGACCGCUUCCUCGGCCUCGACCUCGCGUUCUCGACCGCGUUCAACCUCGACUGCCCUCGGCCUCUCCACCUCAACUGCGUCCACACCCUCGCCCUUGACCCCACCGGCGUUGACCUCGACCUCGACCUCGACCUUAACCACUCCCCGACUGCGAGUCCUUGCAUCCUCGUCCUCGACCCGGGCCCCACCAGUGACCUUGACCUCGACCUCGACCUCGCCGUCGUGCUCACUGGCGUCCUCAUGAACUCGAUCUAG